AUGGCUAGCGGUGAUAUUGACGUUCAGGGUAGGCCUACCCACGAUGACAUUGUCAAUGACAAUGUCAUUGACAAUGACAACACUUUUAGUCAAAGUUUCACUUUGCCGAAUCCGGCAGCAGAUGACGCGCGCGAUGAUUCGGACAAGAACCUUGUCACGCUCUUCAACCAGGCGCUGAGCGUUCCAAAACCUCAGACGACUACGGUUCUGGAUCCGGCCAGAAAGAAACUGACGUCCGUGGAAGCGCAGCGAGUCCUUGCCGUCGUCGACGACACCAUCCACAAGAUGGCACUCGUGUCGCUCUUCCCGCACGUGCUGAGGAACCUGGACAGGUUGGCGGACCCCCUCGGCGACGAGCUGGCGGAAGCGUUCAGCCAGUACCGGGUGCUUCGGGAGCUGCACGACGAAAUCUUUGAGGCGCGGUCAUCGGACUCGGACGACGAGACUGAUCUGGCGGGGGAGCAGGCGAGCGCGUUGACGGGAGCUGAGGUCGGCGCGACGCGGCGGAUCGCAGAGCAGCGGCGCGACAUAGAGGCGAAGCUGGCGCGGCUGUGCAAGGUCAUACUAAGACUGUUCGCGGCGAACCCGGCCGCGACGGAAGCCGUCCGAGCGGAGGCUGCCGCGGCGACGGUCGCGGUAACGACGUUCAUCGAACAACUCCGCAGGCUCAGAGCAAUGGCGCUGGAAAGGUUGCUGACUUCUCCGAUAGAAGAGAGAGAGAGCGUAGCGCUGCAUCGCGAGUUAUCACAGAGGAUCCAGAAGAAUGAAGUCACCAUGGCAAAGCUGGAAGCUGAGCUAGAGGUGCUGCAGUCGGAUAAAGCUAGCGAGGUAAAGAAGAGGAACGACAUUGUGAGGAAGCUGCAGGCUGAUUUAAACCGCAUUAAGAUGAUGGCUGAGGACUUUGUGAAGCGCACGCGAGCUGAAGCCCACAGCCAGGAAGUUGGUGAUCAGCGAAACAGUGAGCUCAAGUUGGAGCAACUCGUACAGCAACUGCAGCAGCUUGCUUCACAGCUGGCGGAGACACGGCAGCAACACAGAGACAGCGAACUGUCACUGCGGAAGAGGAAGUUUAAGAUUGAGACAGAGUUGGAGAACUGGCUGCAGAAGUACGAUCAGGACAUGGGUGACAGACAGUUCACCUAUGAGCGCAUCUACGGUGAGUAUCGCGAGGAGAGCGAUCAGCUCAUGGAGCUGGAGGACAGAUACGACGUGCUGGAGACGCAGCAUCGCGCGAUCGUCGAGGAGCGGCGGAUCGAGGCCGAGGACCGGGAGCGGCGAGCGAGGGAGAUGGCUCUCAAUGCGCGUGCGGCAAUCAUCAUACAGGCAUACUGGAAGUCGUUCAAGGUGCGAAAGAUGCUGCGCGCGAAGAGCAAGAAGAAGGGGAAGGGUGGUGGAAAGAAGAAGGGAAAGAAGUGA